AAGGGAGUGCUGUUGAGUUCUGGAACACUACUGCCACCUGCUGUCUGGCUGCGCUCAUGAAGCAAGGUCAGAGUAGGGAGAGUACCAGGAGCACGACUCCUCACCAUGAUAACGCUCUUAUUUACUUGGCAUAUAGUGUGACAGACAGAAGCCUGUUCAUUAGGAGAGCAUUAGCUCGAAGGUAAAUUAAACUUCUCCUCAUCACGUCUCAGUACAAAUGGUUCCCCUCACUCCUAUUUGCUGCGUCUGAGCGCUGUUGCCAGGCAACAGGCGGCCCGGCUCCUCUUGCUCUCUAGCUGUCGACAGUGGUGACACGCUCUCAGAUCCACCUGCUUCCACGGCUCGCUGCUGCUGCUGCUGCUGCUGAGCCAGGGGCCAUGCAUGACAGGCCGCCGUCGCUUCCCACCUGAGGACUGGGACAUGUCGGAGAGGUGAGGCCAUGUCUGUGCUGUUACCGAGGGACUGCUGCGGACAGGAAGGCGGGCCAGAUCCGUGGCUCAGCUCGUCUGGAGUCAACACUCUGAGCGGAAGCUUCCCCAAGUCCCACUGGUCUCAGUGUUCCGGGCAAACGCACAGCCGACUCUCGGUGGAGCCCAGUCCAGACUCUGGACUCACAACCACGCCUCUUCCGUCGCGGCGCUUCAGGUUUGCUUCAUGGCAUGGCCUGGACCAGUGUGAUGUCACAGGAGACCAGCUGAGCUGCCCCAGAGUCAGAGCAGGACCAUGUGAAGGCGUGGGGGGAGCAGUUGCUUUGGAGCCGUGGACGAGGACACGCGGGAGGCCAGGGCCCGGGCAGCCGUGGGAGCAGAGGCUUCAGGAGAACUGGGAGAACUGUCGAGAGUUGAACCUGUCCUUCCAGGAUUUGGGCGACCCAUACCAGCAGGAGAACUUCCUGCGGAUCCUCCGCCGCCUGAUCCGCGUGGAGCAGCUGCAGCUGGUGAACAACUCCCUGACCAGCCUGAGUUCUGUCCGCCUGCCAAGGUGCCGAGUGCUAAACCUCCACCAGAACAAUCUGCUGUCUCUGCGUCAGCUGCCAAAGCUUCCGGCCGUCCAGCACCUCUGCCUCUCCGAGAACGCCAUCAGCUCCCUGGCUGGGCUGGGGGAGCUGGGCAGCAGCCCGCUGCGCUCCCUCAGCAUGGCCCACAACCCGGUGGCCUUCACUCAGGACUACCGCGCCCGAGUAUUCUCUGCUUUGCCAAAGCUGGAGCUCCUGGAUGGGAUUCCCAAACUGCCCGAGGACUCACUGCCCACCAGCCCGCGCCUCCCACAGUUCACCAGAGUCUGCAGCAUUUUGUAGCGAGGGUGGAAGGAGGACCAGGAGUUUACGGCCUCUCGGGUGUGUGUCGAUUCCUUUGGAGUGAAACCAUCUCCACAGGAUCGGGUCACAUUCAACUGUGCUUAGAGGAGCCACGACAAGAAUGUUCAGAACCAUGAGAUGAAAAUGGAACUUGGCUUGACAUGACAGUGUGACAGGGCAGCCUGUGGUGCCCCCUGGGUCCCUGGCUCAAAGGUUCAAAUGUCUCUGGGAUGUGUCACCUGACACUGUGGCGAGCUGGCCUUCACAUGGCACCGGACGCCACCGUCCCUUUCUUGAAUGUGACCCGAUCCUGUGGCCAGGCCAGAUGAGGCUUCAUGAACCAGUGGCCUCCCUUUCACAGCUCAGCAGAGGGCGCUCUUGAUGUUGUGACGGGUUUUCUUAGAGAACAUAGUGCCAUCUAGUGGGCUUGACCACCAGGACACCUUCUCAUCUCAUCACGACUUGCCAAGUAAAGACUGAAACUAAACAGCAAAACAACUCUUUUUUUUUCCAGUACGAACAUGAGGGGAAUGAAAUGGAUGUCUGCUUAUGAAAUAUUUACGGUGUGGUCCCCCAGAGAGCGUCCGCUUCUUCGCAGGCACAUGGUGCUCUCAUUCUGGUGGAUGUGGAGAGUCAUGUCCAACCACUGCGGACAGGCCUCGGUGCACUUGUGCUGGUGCCUGUAGUUCAGCACCGGAGUCAAACAAUGAUCCAGGCCACGGGAGGAGAGAAGCCUCGGAAGAGGUGGGCAGUCUCUGCAGGGCCUGGAUCAGCAGGCUUGGUGGCGUCACGUCGGAGUCUCCACUGCUAUUAGCAGAAUAAUGAGACUCCAGCCAGAUAAACAGUCUCACGGCAGCAGGGCGGCAGUGACAGCCGAGCUAAGACAUGAAAUAGUGAGAGACAAAUGAGGGGGAAGGCUCGGAGAGACUGUCACAGGAACACUGUCGAGGGAGGCGCAUUUAGCUUCACACAGGCGGAGGCAGCUGCCACAUGGAGCUGAGAAUCCAGGCUCCACCUGAGGUGCUUCUUUGACCCAUCACCAGUGAAUCAGCCAGAUUCUCUGGCAAAUGGGACCAACGACCAGACCGUUACAUUUGGGUCACAUUCUGAAUGUCCUUCUGGAUCCAUGAAUGUGCCAACAUGUCAUCAUCCUUCAGUGGUGAAGACCACAAGGUCCUCUCCAGCUCAUGGUUUUGUGACCUACAAAAACAAGAGUUCCCCAAAUGUGGACAAAAUAACCACUUUCAGCGAGAGAAAAGGGGCGCAAAUGAGCAGCGGGGCUCAGGUCCCAACACCCGGCUGACGGAGGAAGGCCCAGUUCCUUCCUUCUUCAGGAGGAGAUGGCACCUCAGAGGAAGCCCCCGCUCCAGCUCACCAACAGGUGAAGCCAGCCACCACAGGCCAGAGCUGAAGAGCCCAGGAGCAACUGAAGAUGAAACAUGGACCGGAAUGUUCCACAAACAAAGAGUUUGACAGCCAGACUCAGUAGAAAUCGACAGCAUUUACUUCCCUGUACAACAAAGACACGCGGUCACUGGCGCACGUUAGCAUCAGGCUUAAAUAUUCCUCAGCAAACAUCUCUCAAAGCUCGGCGAAGGCUCCAGCUCCGGAAAGUGUGAAGGCACGGCUGUGAAAACUUUGAAAUGAAAGGAAUGAAGACUCCGGACCAACGUCGCCGCCAUCACAGGCCCCCUCUAUGAUUGUCGCUUAGUAAGGUGAGCAAUAAAUAACACAUCCGAGGAGUAACUCAGCUGGGCCUGACGCAGACGUCAGAGGCAGCGAGUGAAAAAAUACAUUCUCUGUAGAAACACCGUCAGGCAGCUCGGCGACCAGGCAAAUAUAUAUAUAUAUAUAUACACACACACACAGUCGUAUAAAACGUAUAAAAGCCCCCUCUCUAUGGUCCGUUUGCACAGGGUGGGCGGAUCCCUUCCAGCAGCCGGGCCACGGUCCUGGCUUUGACUGCUCCGGCGGGCAGUCACCUCCUCACUUGAGCGUCUCACAUCUCUGCUCUCCUGUUGGUCCCCCUGCCUCCAUCAGCUCCGUCCUCUUCCGCCUCCUCAUCCUCUUCUUCAUAGUUUUCCUCCUCAGCAUUGUCCAGGCUUUUCUUGUGCUCAGCUUUCACUUGGUCCUGAUGAAGGGCAGAACCAUCCAUUACUUUUCAGCCACAGCAGAACCAGCCUGCUCCACCUCCACUAUCUGGAGCAUCCUCAUGUGCACACCUUCCCCACUCAUUCCACCCCGCCUGCACUCUCCUCUUCACCUCUGACACCCAUUUGUUGUCUUCUAUUACAGACGCGGAUUGAAGCAGUGAGAACCUGCAGCUCAACCUGAGAAGAGCUGUUUGACAAUACCACCCCAAACCUCCUGGAGCUUUGGAAAUAUUAUUCAGUUACUAUGAUUUAUUUGGAAAGCAUUUGCAAGUUUUGAUGCGUCUUCUUUCUUUUACAUGUCCUUAUUUUUUGUUUGGUUUUUAAUCCUCGACCUCAGGUCACCCGACCAAUUUUUCUUUCUUUCUUGACCUAUCCUUUUGGACAGAACACAUGGAGAUGACUUGUCCUGCAGGAGAGGCUGUUUGGACCUCACCUGCUCCAUGUUCUCCUCAUUGUACGGAUCUUCCUCUUCGGCCUCCUCUUCUUUCUUCUGCCCAGCAGCGACGUCCUCUUGAGCCUUCAGUGCACCAAGGAGAGAAGAGGGACACUCACUUCCAAGUAUUUCAGACUUGACACACUUAUUCAAGAAAACAAGACAGAUUUGUGUGUGUAUGAAUCCGUGUGCUGUGACACCAACCUCAUCCUCAGCUUCCUCCUGGUACUGCUCAUCAAUGUUGUCCUCUUGUUGGUCAGGGUUCCCAGCCAUCUAAACAGUGCGGAAAUUACAUUGAAUAAAAACCUAAAUUAGCUCCUCCCACUAAAUGCAAGAAGGAAAACAGCUCUUGUCCGUCCAUGAGCCGCAGCGGUCUCUGAGCCGCGGGUGCAGUGGUGCAAUGCAUGAGGAUCACUCAUAAACUAGUUUGGAAAACAUGGAGACGGACUCAUGAAACACACUGGAAUCAUCGACUCCUCACAUCUGUUAUUGACAUUAAACUGCUCCUAAUGUGUCCCAAGCUCCGCCACCACAGCCGCUCUCAGCUGCUGCUUCUCCUCUCCUCUCUGCUCCUCCAGGAGAUCGGCUCUGUGGGCGGAGCUUUAAGGUCAAUGACACGUCUGCGAUGUCAUCACUGUGAUGUGGCCAGGCUCAGUAUUUUGAGGCUCUUUAGCCUGUAAACAUCCAUGUAUUAGCCGCGUCGCUCCAUCAGCCGCAGGGUUCAGUAGCGGCUUAUCGUCUGCAAAUGACGUAUUUUGGACUCACCACCAGUUCCUCCUCCACAGCAGCUGGUCCGGGGCCUUGGUGCUUGGCCGGUGCUGCUGGCUCCUCCUCUUCCUCCACAACGUCUUCCUCCUCCUCAGCCACCCUGUGGUUGGAGCGCUCGUCCUCGGCUUCCUCGAACUCGUCUUCUCCCUGAUUGUUGGGGUCGUCCUCGGGGUCCAGGUCUUCAGCAGCCCCCUAAAACACCAGGAGCCAGGGUUGAACAAGCUCAUAUCACUGACAGACAGAGCGAAGGCACCUGCUGACGCGGUGGAACUCUGUGGUCGACGUCUUGCUUCACUUCAUCAUGCAACAUGUCAGUGUCUGCCAACAAAGCCAGGGAUUAAGGGACUGAAAGGCUCGAUGAACUAAAAGGUCCUCACCUUCCUCGUCCACAGGCUGAUGCUGGUCUCCUCCGUGGACAGUAUCCUGAUCCAUGCUUUCAUAGCGGGACCUCCUCCUGGAAUCACACGGUGCCACUCAGCAACAGCGUCUGGCAACACCGUGUUCUCUCCGUGUGCGCUCACCUCUGUUGCUCCUCCUGCAGGAGGCGCUGGCGCCGGUCCGCCUCCCGCUGACGCUGUUGCUCUCGCUCCUGCUCCGCUCUCAGCCGCUCCUCCCUCUCCCUCAGAACCUUCUCUUGCUGGGACUGCAGGGCGUCCUGUCGCAGGCGGAUGAUGCGCCGCUCCUCGGCGCGCUGAGCCUCCAGACGCUGCUGAUCCAGCUGCUGCUCGUAAGCUGACUUGACGCGCUCCACCUCCUGACGCGAGCCCUUCCCAUCACAAGAAAGACAAAGGUUCUCAUUUGACAGCAGGGCCACAUCCAUCAGGUGGUCUUCUGCUGCUGAUCCAGCCCUGACCUGUUUUCGGUGGAAGUCUAACGCGUUCUCAUCCGGCUGCUCUUCUUCUGGCUCCACUCCUUCCUCCUCCCCCUGCUGGUCGGGGUCCUCUUCCAGCUUCUGAGGCUGACCUGCCUGCGCCAUCUCCUCCUCCGCCAGCUCCCUCCUCCUCUCCGCCUCUCCCUCUCCAUCCUCCUUCACAGGACGUGACUCGGUCGGUGGAGACUCCACCUUGGGCUGAGCGUGCUCCUCUUCUCUCACGGCUGACGGGGUGAUCGCCUCGUGCUGGACUUCACGGCCCUGCGACCCCAGCGCUCCAAAACCAGCUUGGAAAUGUGGCGGAGCAGGUUUUUGUUCUGCUUGCUUCAUACUUUGGACCUUCUCCUGAUGCUCCUGCAGCUGUUUGAACUCGCUCACCUGGGCCUAGAAUGUGUCAGAGAAACAACCGCUGCAUUUAAAACAUCCCACGGAGCAAAGCGUUUCAACCACGACAGAGGUCAUGACGUGUCAGUGGGGCUCGUGUUUGUAGUUUUCUUGGGAUUUAAAUGGAGAAACACAGUGAUCCCCGUCGGCCGGAGCAUCUGCAGCUGGUUUCCCACCUGAGCAACAGCCAGCGCACUCUUGUGGUCUUCCAGCGUCAAUGCCAGCUGGUCGUGAGCCACCUUCAGAUCCUGGUGCUUGACCUGGAAGCACACAGCGCAGGAUGGCCCAGCACAGUGAGGACAAGGCAUCGACCGAAGAGUUUCCAUACAAACACGCGUUACCUGCGCAUCCUGAAGCUGAACAUGAAUCUCAUGGUGAGCUUUCCUUAGAUGCUUAUUUUCUUCUCUUAGGUUAAAAACGGUGUCUGUCGGGGCAAAGUGACAUUUACGUUUCAUCCAACACAACGUCGUACACAACCGUACGUUGAUCUUUUUAAUGAUGUUCUUGCAGAGCAACAGGUGCAGUGUACACUUUCACCGAUAGUGGGAGACAAAGACAACACCCAACGAUCAACAGGGAAAGGCAUGUCCUGCCACCUUACCCUUCAGCUGGGACAGUUCCGUCUCCUUGAUCUGAUGCAGUUUUUCGUAGCGAUCUCUGUGCUCGUCCAGAGCCCGAUUGUGAUCCUCCCCCUGCAUGUGGUGCUGCUCCUGCAGGUCGUAGAACUGCUUCUUCAGGUCCUCGUGCUGGUUCUGGGAAAACCGGGCCGAUGACACAACAACAAACAGCUGAGGACGACGGUGCUCAUCUUUACCUUCAACAUCUGAUGCUGCACUUGCAUGGAGUUCAGUCUGCUGUUGGAGUCCUGCUGUUUGGACAAGUUAGACAAGGAGAUUACGACCACAGACAGGAGGCAAGGGCCAAACGCCGUCAGCCAACCUACCUUCUCCUUGUUCAGAGACUGCUGAGCUUCAAGUUUGUAAACAAGAUAGUCUACGAGAGAGACCACAGAUGAGGCUCCAGUCUUUGAACACACUCUCACUGAAUGUCACAUCAAAUCUGAUAAUAUCUGAAAUGAAUGCUUUGAAGGUCACGAGCUCAGGAAAUGUGACUCUGCUCCUCUUUUUGGCACAUUUCACACCUCAGAUUGACAUUUGAAAAGCCCCUCACCUUCUUUGGCCUUCUUGUGCUCCAACCUCUCCUUCUGCAGAGACUUCUCCAGCCUGGACCGGUGCUCGUACACCACUGCAGGCGAGGAGCAGACGGAUGAGAGAGGCCUCUGAGCCAGGAUUUCUCCAGCAACAGCCCAGGUUAACUCUUGUACCAAAGAGCAAGUGUGUGCGCGCGUGCGCGUGCUGUUGACGUGAUCUUGGUUCAACAGUGACAGCUGCAGUGUUAGCACUGACAGACAUAAAAUCACCUUGACUUAGGACCAUACACUACACGCAGCAUCAGUCAUUGCUGAAUGAUUGUGGAUUAGAUUUCCAGGGGCCGAAACCUGAACAGACACUGUGUUGUUCUGCACCGCAUGAAAUGACAAGAUGAGGCACUGGAUUCAUUCCUAACAAACAUGAUUGAGUCAAUAAAGCACAUUUCUUGUGCACCAAGCAUGAGAGAGCAUUCCGUCAUCCUUCCUGCUGGCAGGUAAGGAAUAUUAUGAAAUAGUUAUGGGAAAAGCCUCCACUUAUCUCAACUGAGGCAGAAGAGCAGCUGCUUCAUUUUUGUCUGCACUUAACAUUGAAUAUUUCCAUGCAUAUUUACUGAGUACAGGAUGCUGUGAUAAGGUCACGAGGACGCGGAAAUGAAAAAUGAGAGCGGGCCGAGAUAAAGUGUUGAAAAGAGAAACAGAUGUAAGCGUACUGGGGGACGAGGAGGCUUGUGAAUGAGCUCUUCACUGCCAGCAGAUACGCUGCUUUAAAGCUCAGCUUCCACAUGAAUUUGCAUGGUUCUUUUAGCAUUUUCAAGGAGUUUGACGCCACAUAGUGGUCCAUUUUAAUGAGCUAUAAUAACAUGUACUUAAAUGCUUUGCGGGUUUAAACAUGUUGUUGGAAGCCCUUGAAUCACAAGCGCUUACAUGCACAUGUGUCGAUGCACUGAGAGACUCUGACUUGUUCACAUGAGCUUCGCCUCAUAUCAAGCCACAAUCCACAGUCGCUAAGCGUUUAUUGAGCGGCCCCUGAGGACGAGCGGAACAGUUGCCAGUGAGAGAACGGGAGAAGUCCCUCUGUGGCGGUGACCUUUACUGCUCCGCUCUUCAACAGCCUGGGGAUCAGUUGGCUUGACCCGCGGCUAACAGUCGGAAUACUAAUGUAAGCCGGCGAUUUGUCUGUGUGUGAGCACACAGCAGGCCCUGAAAUGUUUAGUGAGGAGGACCCUGCUAUCAAUGUGCAACAACCCCACAUAACAGUGACCACCAAAAACAUUCUUUAGAUCAACCUCAGAGGCACAGAGAAGGCCCCAAAACAUGGCACAAGCACAACAUGGCAAACAAGAGUCUCCACUCCAGUGUUCCUCCUUCAAGCUACACAGAGAACAGCAAAGAAAAUCCAUUAGAUGCCAUUACUCGUGAGUAAACUCGGCUCUGUUUCCUGGAUCAGCAGGUCUGAGAGAGACUUUGAUUAUGAUGUUGGUGCAAUUCAGAGGGUGCCAGAUAAUGACUGAAAGUCAUCUGACUUCAGUCAUCACGAGGUUCCCAAGCCACCGGUGAAAAGGGUUCGUGUAGCUCGAGGGUCCAUGUCGGACCUAAGCAACUGCACACGUAUAGUACUGCAGAAACAGUGUGAGGACGCACCCACAGCUGGUCUUUGCUCAGCCUGACGUAAGCAGGAGGGCUGGUCUCAAAGCAAGGCUGCAGCAAAUACUGUCAAUAUCAACAGCACAAAUAUUCUUGUUUGCAGUACUGAAGGCUUCACACGCAAACCAACAA